AUGCAUCGCACAGAAGAAUGGAUUCUGCAAUUAUCUUCCAUAGAUAUAGCUGAGUUAGAAGCAGCAACUGAAUCAUAUAUUACUUCCAAACAUAAUAUUGCUUUUACUACGGCAGAAAAUUUUCCUUUACCAACGUUGGGUUGCAAACUUUUAGCCCUUCGUAAAGAACUAAUUAAUGGUCGUGGAUUUUUUUUGUUACGAGGACUACCAGUACAUAAAUAUAGUGAACGUCAAGCAGGCACUAUGUUUUAUGCACUGGGUUGUCAUCUUGGACUUACACGAUCACAAAAUGCCAUGGGUCAUUUUCUUGGUCAUGUUCGCGACUUAGGUAUGAAAAGCAAUGAUCCAAAAGUUCGUCUUUAUCAAACAAAUGAACGGCAAACUUUUCAUACAGAUUCGUCGGAUGUGGUCGGCCUUUUAUGCUUAAAUACGGCAAAGACUGGUGGAACAUCUUUGUUAGUGAGUGCUUCGACAAUUUUCAAUGAAAUGCGUGCACAACGACCUGAUCUACUUGAACUUCUAUUACAACCCAUAGCAACUGAUCGCAGAGGCGAAGUUCCAGAAGGCAUGUUGCCGUAUUUAUUGAUUCCUGUCUUCAGUUUUUACGAAGGUUAUCUAACUGUUUUUUAUCAACGUCAAUACAUCGAUUCUGCACAACGAUUUGAGGAUGCACCUCGUCUAACAUCAAAACAUAUAGAAGCACUCGAUAUGUUUGAUCGGCUUGCCAAUGAUCCAAAACUUACUCUGUCGAUGAAUCUUGAGCCUGGAGAUAUGCAAUUUGUAUACAAUCAUGCUCUUCUACAUGAUCGUACAGGUUUCGAUGAUUGGGAUGAUCCAGCACAAAAACGUCAUCUUCUACGUCUAUGGCUUUCAAUACCAGGCGAUCGACCAUUGCCGGAUAUAUUUUCAACGCGUUUUGGUACGACUGAAAUUGGUAAUCGUGGAGGAAUCUUUGUUAGUGGUACAACGCCGACUAUUCCAUGGACAAAUGAAUAA